AUGGCCGACCCUCUCUCCAUAGUCGGCGGUGUCGCAGCAGGGCUUCAACUUGUUUCGGCGGCUGGAAAAGCUCUGCUAGCCACCAUAAAGCUGUUACAAGACUUGCAGGAAGUCCCCGGUCAGCUGGCACAACUCCUGCGAGAAGUGGAUGACUCCAUAUCCAGGCUUUGCUACAGUUGUAGGGGAGGCUCACACGCCUUUGGCAAUCUGGAUCCAGUCCAGGAAAAACGCCUCGUCAGCAUCGCAGAUUCUCUGCACCCAGUUUUACAAGAAAUCCACAACAUGAUAACGCCGUUAUUCUCCGAUAGACAGGGCAAGAGAAAGGCGAUGAGCCAACUCUGGAACUCUAUUAUCUCGCUCAAGGUCGAGAAGGAACUUUCGCAAAAGUUAGAGAGGCUAAAUAGGCUCAACAUUGAGAUGGUUCGGGAACUAGGCGUUGUUGGACUUGAAGUCCAAUUAGCCACCAACGAGCUCAUAACAGCUACCAAUACGACUUCAGUACAGGGCUUCUCUAGCCUCGAGACGCAGAUGGAUUCUUUGCGGAGAGACUUCCAGACGUUCACAAUAUCGAUGCAAGAAGCCCAUACUAUUUCACUAGAAACAUCAUCUCUCAAGGACCGUGCCGUGAAGCCGGAGCAAAUGGAACGCACCAGGGAAGGCAGUUGGGAAAUUGUCAGCAGAUCAUCGACAACUCUUUCGGGGACAACGCUGAACUCAAAACUAUCGGAGGACAAGAGACUAUCAGAAGAAAGGGCGGAGCAGAUGCGCCGUUAUCUCGGAACCUCCAGUGCUGUAGGCCCAAAUUUACGAACUCGCAGCCCGCGUCCAGGCUCCAACCUCGAGUCUGUUCUUUUUAGCAUACGGACUUUCUAUACAACGGGGAACUUUAAUCCAUCGGCACCAGUAAAAAAGGUUCAAUUCUGGCAGGACACCGACCUCGCGAUAUACCUCAUGAAAGUCGCAAAGGGUGAUGCGCGCGGUUCAAGUCAGAGCCAGACUCGAGGUUUUCGACUCUUGAAAAACUCAACAGCCGGCUCUCCUGCCAUAUUCCACGAGGGCACCGCGACCAUUAUCAUCGAGCUGCUGAGUACCCUGUCUCCUGUCAAUACCACGACAUGCCCUUUUGUACGAGAUGCUGUUCUUACAUAUAUCAAUGAGCUCGCGCGCACUCAAUUGCAUCCUCAACACCCCAUCUCUCUGGUCAUAGCCACGCUUAGGAAAGACAAAGGCGACAAGAACAUCUCUUUGCGUGCACUUACAUCAGUGGUUGAUCGCUUACGCGCGACUCUUGGACCUGCCCACGAACUCACCCAGCUCGCCACAUCAAGGCUCUGUGCCCUUCUGCGCCGGAGUGAGGAUUACGAUGAAGCUCUACGGAUAGCCAACGACGGAGUGCGUGCUCUUCGCAGCCUGUUAGGACCUAAUUCUUUGCAGGAACGCAAGCUGUUAAGGCACGUUGAGCAUGUAUACAUCGACCAAGAAGAUUGGCCAGCAGCUCUGAGCGUUUGUUUUGAUAUAGUUGGGCAGCAGCAUCUUGAAACUCCAGACCCAGACCCCAUGUUCCAUGACGAUUGCGCGGUGUAUACUAUGGAGGAUAUUGCAAAGAUAUGCGAGUGCGCUGGGAACUUGGCUUUAGCGGUGGCAUGGUUGACUCAAGCCAAGGCAGCGAGUGUGAUGGCCUGGGGAGAGGUUGAUGAGACAGGUCAUAUACAGGAUAAGUUAGACGAGCUGAUUGCGCAGAUGGGUCCGACGAAAGAUGCUGAGGUUCAAGAUUGA